AUGCUGCGAGAAGGGAUGGAGAGUUUAGGUAACCGUUCCGUCACUGUUCAUCCCCGGUACUUUGAGCGGCUACUCCUGCUCACCAGUCAGAAGGCGUGCGCUGAAUACUUCCUCGGGGACAACCCUCCGAAAGGAAGUUACUGUAACGGUACGUGGGACAACAUCUACUGCUGGCCCCCCACUCCUGCUGGAUAUGACAUCUACAUGCCCUGUCCGGAACAUCUCUUCUUCGACGGAACAAAGGUUCUUGCCUAUCGUGUGUGUAACGACAGAGGGGAGUGGGAGUUAAAAAACUGGACCAACUACACGGCCUGUAUCAACUACCCCAUUCCACCCGACGUUCCGUUGUUGUUUGCGGUGAGAGAUAUCUACUUUGUCGGCUCCAGCAUCUCGCUGGUUCUGCUGGCGGCAACGUUCUUCAUCUUCUGCUACUUUAGACGACUUCAGUGUGACCGCAUCAAAAUACACAAACACCUGGUCCUGUCGCUGAUCCUCCGCUUCAUCGUUCUUAUCGUUCUGCUGCAACCAUAUCUGGGCAUCAACGGCUACGACAACUCCUACCUGAACUCGCCGUUUAUCUGCCGGAGUAUGCUGGUCCUGUCCCAGUAUUUCAGCAUGACUAACGUGUUCUGGAUGCUGAUAGAGGGACUGUUUCUGUACAUGCGCUGUGUGGUGGCUGUCUUCCACUACAUCUCCAGCCUCAAGGUGUUCUACAUCAUCGGAUGGGUUGUCCCAGUAUGUUUUGUGGUUGCGUGGACUGUGGUUAUGGCGCUGUACGACAAGCACCAAUGCUGGCUGGACUACAGUGAUCUACCGUACGCAUGGAUCGUCUCUGGACCUAUCGUCCUGGCUCUGCUGGUCAACUUGUAUGUCCUUCUUCACAUUUUGGCAGUCCUGGUCACCAAACUGAAUGCAGAUCAGAGAGUGCCCAACUACUCUGAACAUCUAAAAGCCCUGAAGGCUCUGUUUGUGCUGUUACCGCUCCUCGGGCUGACCAACGUGCUGUUCUUUGUCAACCCAAAAGACGGCGGAAUCGGAGAUCACAUCUUCCAAGUCUUCAACGCAGUGAUACAGUCAUCACAGGGCAUCUUUGUAUCAUUGAUCUACUGCUUCACAAAUGCAGAGGUCCAGGCUGUGAUUCGUGACAAGCUGGCCGUGAUCAAGAUGAAGCAAAGUGUGUACAACAACGGCGGGGCCACCACCAAGAAGAACGACUACACUGUAACCAGCCAGGGAGGGACCCGCGUUUGAACAUGUAA